ACGUGUACUGGAUCGAAUAUUCGGUGUUUCUCGCAAGGAUCGAAUCAAUUUGGUUUGUAUUAUCCUUCUUCUGUUCGGAAAGUUGCUGGAAAUGUUCGGUGCAUCUCUGUGGCCUCUUCAUCUUUGGCUCAAGAUGUGGUUAAUGACUCAUCGCGUCCCUCGUUCGUACCCAAGGAUGUGGUUCUCUACCUGUACGAGGCUUGCCCGUUCUGCAACGAAGUUAAAGCCUUCUUGGACUAUUACAACGUUCCUUAUAAAGUUGUGGAGGUGAUUCCUAUCUUCAAGAAGGAGAUUAAGUGGUCUGAGUACAAGAAGGUGCCAAUUCUGAUGGUUGAUGGUGUGCAGAUGGUAGAUUCUACAGAUAUAAUUGAUAAGCUGUACCAAAGAAUUCAUCCUGAGAACUCUGCCUCGAUCUCAGAAGAAGAGAGGAAAUGGCUUGGGUGGGUGGAUAAUCACCUGGUGCAUGUUUUAUCGCCAAACAUAUACAGAAAUUACAAAGAGGCUCUUGAGUCUUUUAAUUACAUAACCUCACAUGGAAAUUUUACUUUCACUCAAAGGGUAAUAGCAAAGUAUGGCGGGGCUACAGCCAUGUGUUUUGUUUCCAAGAAAUUGAAAGAGAAACAUAACAUCACCGAUGAAUGCAAAGCCUUAUAUGGAGCUGCAGAAACAUGGGUGUAUGCCCUGAAAGACCGUCGGUUUCUCGGUGGAUCAAAUCCUAAUUUAGCUGAUCUUGCUGUCUUUGGUGUCUCGAGACCGAUCAGAUACCUUCAAUCUGGAAAAGAUAUGGUAGAACAUACAAGAGUUGGUGAAUGGUAUACUAGAAUGGAGAAAGAUGUGGGAGAAUCUGCAAGGAUUGAUUCCGUAAGUUAGUACAAUUUAUAGUUUUUGUUUGUCAAUAUUACUCAAUGUCUUGCUAGGUUAUAGAAAAAUAUCAGACAAUAUAGGAUUUCUCUUGUCCUUUCAGAUGAUUGAAGGGUCUGAAUUUGGUGUCUUGUCUCUUAUAGGCUGAAAGGCAUUACUCGGUGAACCAAAUAGUAGA